AUGCUUCUCUCACUAUUUGCUGUGUUUUUAAGUGUGUUAAUUUUUUUCAAAUUCGUAAGUCCUUGCACUUACUGGAAGGAAAAAGGGGUUAAACAUGCCCAAGCUUGGCCGUUCAUUGGCAGCAUGGGCCGGGUUUUUUUCAAAAAACAACCGUACGUCGAAUUUCUAACCGAAUUAUACAACAAAUUUCCAAUCGAAAGAUAUGUAGGUUUCAUGAAAUUCACUCAAAACCACAUCUUGAUCCGUGACAUUGAACUAAUCGGAAAAAUCACAGGGAAAGAGUUUAAUUUUUUUACAGACCGAACAGUUUCGUCUCGACUCAGAAAAGAUAAAAUUUUGUCCCAAAGUUUAAUUUCGCUCACUGGUGAUCAUUGGAGAGACAUGAGGGCCACCCUAAGCCCAGUUUUCACCAGCAAUAGGACCAGAAACUUGUACACUUUUAUUGAGACGUGUGCUCGAAAUUACGUCAAUCACUACAAAGCCGAGGUUGAAAUUGAAGUCAAAGAAGUGUUUGCAAAAUUUGCCAACGACGUCAUUGCUUCAGUCGCUUUCAGCACCGAACUGAACUCACUCAAAGAACCGAACGAUUUUUACACAAACGCCUCACAACUCAAGCCAGACUUCUUCAAACAAUUUAUCACCACAAGUGAUAAAAAUCGCCAAGACUUGAUCAGUUUAUUAAAGGAUGAGAACUUAAAAUUCGAGACGUACAAAAGGGCAAAGGGCGAAGGCUUCGCCAUUGGGGAGGAACCACAAAUCGAUCCCUUGGCCAGAAAAAUCCAACUCACAGAUGAGCAAAUUCUGGCCCAAGCCUUACUUUUUUUCCUGACUGGUUUCGAGACAAUUUCAACGUCGGCCAGCUUCCUGGCUUACGAACUUGCAGUCAAUUUGGACGUCCAGAAAAAACUACAACGCGAGAUCGACAAAGUGGUGCAAAUAACUGGCGAUAAAAUCCCUUACGAUGCUUUACUUUCAAUGAAAUAUCUGGACCAAGUCAUUUCAGAAAGUUUACGCAAGUGGCCGCCAAAAUUCGAAACUGACCGGGUUUGCACCCGCGAUUACCACAUCAAGGCCCAGAAGGGCCAAAAAUCCCUCUUGAUACGAAAAGGGAUGUAUGUAGUUAUCCCAAUAAUGGCAAUACAUCGGGACCCUGAUUACUACCCUAACCCUAGUCGCUUCGAUCCUGAGCGUUUUAGUGACGAAAAUAGGGACAAGGUGGUUCCAGGGACGUAUCUACCGUUUGGAGCGGGGCCAAGGAAUUGUCUUGGUGCGAGAUUAGCACUGUUGGAAAUGAAAACAGUGUUCGGUUAUUUGCUGGCAAAGUUUGACAUUGUUCAGGCUAAGAAAACUCAAAUGCCGAUUAAACUUAGCGCCAAGUGUUUGGAUAUGGAGCCGGAGGAAGGGUUCUGGCUCGGGUUCAGGCCCAGAAACUAAUUGAAAUCAAGCAAAAUUAUUGUGCCUAACUCGCAAUUUUCCGAAAUAAAUUCGUUUUAAAUGGA